AUGCUGUCUGGUAAAGAAAUCCGUAUUCUGACGUUACUGGCUAUCGACACGCUCUUCUUCUUCCUGGAGAUCGUGGUCGGAUACGCCGUGCACUCACUUGCUCUGAUUGCAGAUUCGUUUCACAUGCUAAACGAUAUCUUCUCGCUGCUGGUGGCGCUGUGGGCCGUCAACGUCGCCAAGAACAAGGGCGCAGACGCCAAAUACACGUACGGGUGGAAACGUGCGGAGAUUCUUGGGGCUUUGGUCAACGCGGUGUUUUUGAUCGCGCUGUGUGUGUCGAUUCUCAUCGAGGCCAUCCAGCGGUUUUUCCAACCGCAGGAAAUCGAAAACCCAAAGCUGGUGCUGAUUGUGGGUGUGCUCGGGCUCGUGUCCAACUUGGUUGGGCUCGUGCUGUUCCACGACCACGGCCACGGCCACUCUCACUCACACCUCGGCGACGACGACGAAGCAGGCCACGCCGAUGACUCACAUUCUCACUCCCACUCGCACGACUCAAGCGAGCAAAGCUCUCAAAACAUCGGCGACAUGCUGCCCUCCACCGUGGUUGAGCGUUACACCCCUGAAACCUCCCCGCUCUUGCACAAAUCCGAUGACCACGACCACCCACACGAUGCAAAGAAAUCCGCUCGGUCCCUCAACAUGCACGGAGUUUUUCUUCAUGUGCUUGGCGACGCCCUAGGCAAUCUGGGUGUCAUCGGUACUGCCAUCUUUAUCUGGAAGACAGACUACAGCUGGAGGUUCUACAGUGACCCUCUUGUGUCGCUGUUGAUCACCGUCAUCAUCUUCUCCUCUGCCUUGCCCUUGUCGCGCAAGGCCUCCCGCAUUUUGUUGCAGGCCACCCCUUCUACCAUCUCGGCUGACAAAGUUAAGCAAGAAAUCAUGAAGGUCCCCGGCGUGUUGUCCAUCCACGACUUUCACAUCUGGAACUUGACCGAGUCCUUUUCUAUCGCGUCUAUUCACGUCGAGAUCGACUCCACCCCGGACCAAUUUCUCGAAGUUGCCAAGCUGAUCCGUAACAUAUUCCAUCGCUACGGUAUCCACUCUGCUACAGUCCAACCAGAAUUUGUCUCCGGCACGGUCAGCGACGACACUUACCGCAGAUUUAGCAGAAUUGCUGGUGGUGGUGUUUACGGCUCUUCCUUGUCCUUGUCCAACCAUGCCGCAGACGCUGACACCUCCGCCUACGGUGCUACGACUAACGAGACCCGCUGCAUUGUGGAUGAAGCUGCCAACUGUAAUGCUGACAACUGUUUACCAUAA